AGCGGCCGGAGCCCGGUGAGGCGGCGGCGGAGCUCGGAGGCGGCCCCAGCGCAGGAUUUUUCAUUCCCUAGGCAUUUACACAUGGAGGAGGCAGAAAAGUCCCAGAGAUCCCUCAGGAGGAGGGGCUGCAAACCCAGCCCAGGGAGCUGUGAGGAGGAAAGACCCUCCCUGAGCCAGGAAGGCGGCGGGAGAUGCAGGCAGAGCUCAGAGCUGGUGGAGAAGCCUCCUGGAGGGGAGAAGCCCCACAAGUGCUUGGAAUGUGGGAAGGGUUUCAGGUGGAGCUCUGAGCUGAUCCGGCACCAGAGGAGCCACUCUGGGGAAAAGCCCUACGAGUGUGGGGAAUGUGGGAAGGGAUGCAGAGACAGCUCUGACCUGAUUAAGCACCAGAGGAUCCACACUGGGGAGAAGCCGUACGAGUGCGGGGAAUGCGGGAAGAGCUUCACGGAGAGCUCCGGCCUGAUCCGGCACCAGGUGAUCCACACUGGAGAACGGCCCUACGAGUGCAGGGAAUGUGGGAAGGGCUUCAGAGACAUCUCUCACCUCAUGCGGCACCAGGUGAUCCACACGGGAGAGCGGCCCUACACCUGCUUGGAGUGUGGGAAGAGCUUUGGGGUCAGCUCCAGUCUGAGAAGACACCAGCGCAUCCACACCGGGGAGAGGCCCUACGAGUGUCCCAAGUGUGGGAAGAGGUUUCAGACCAGCUCUGAUCUCCUAGUACAUGAGCGGAUUCACACAGAGGAGAGGCCCUUCCGCUGCCCUGACUGCAGGAAGGGAUUCAAAUACAACUCCACCCUCACUGUCCACCGACGCAUCCACACCGGGGAGAGGCCCUACGAGUGUCCUGAGUGCGGGAAGAGCUUCUCAGAGAGCUCAACCUUGACCAAACACCAACGGAAACACCACUAAAGGAAGCCCUGUGAGUGUCCCAAGUGUGGGAAGAGCUUCGUGCUCUCCUCCAGCUCCAACCCCAUGGGAGGAUCGGUGUUGGAUGAUCCCCAGUGACCCCCUUUGGCCAGAGCUCUGGUGAUCCAUGUCGGGAAGGCACCUCGGUGGGGGGGCUCUGCAUCAUCCUGUCUCCCUGUGGGCACCUGGGUGAACGCAGG